AUGGCCAGGGCUGACUGGGUGCUGAGUACUGAUGGUGAGAAUGCAGGGGGCCUCAUUCACAUAGAAGCCCAGAACAAGAUCCACGCCUGUGGGGAGAGCCUCAGCCUUGGUCUCAGCAGGGCUCAGCCCCCUCAGAGGAAACAGCAGAAGGCCCUGGCCCCUCACCAUGGACCCCCACACCCCCCCACCCCCGCCCAAGCAGUCCACCUUUGCACCCAGUGCUUCCCUCAACAAUACACCUGGCCCUUCGGGGCAAACCCCCUCGCUGACAGUGCCCUGCAGCGGAAUGGACAGCUGCUCAGCCAGUAG